GAUCUUUUGGCGGAAGGUCACAGGAAGAUGACGGAAUGGUGGACCGACCGCGACGAAGCCCUGCUACGGCAGUGCGUAUUUGAGAGCGCUUAUGACUUUGAUGUGGCAGCCAUUACGUUCCUUCAACGGCUACCAAAGCAGCGCAAGCUCCUUCUGGGCGCGAAUGCUAUCACACCACAGGUGUGUGAACGCAAGUACAUGGAAAUCUGUCGGCUCGAAGAUGGCGAAUACGACGAGGAAAAUGGUGCUGAUCAGGAUGUGGAAACGGAAUCUAUUGGUGGCUUGAUGCGCAUGUCAAGCAGCAACGACAUCCAUGUUCUUACUACGUCAGACGACUUGCCUGUACUGGAGCUACCAUUGUCUGACUUCGAUGUCGACCUGUUGCUCCAAGAUAUCCCAUCGGCAACUGUUCCACGGGACAGCGAAAUGCAAUGGGUGUUGUCCUAUCUUGAAGAUCCUACGAAUGCCGUGGACGAAGAAGUGGACGGCGGCGGAAACAUCAGCUUAAGCGUGUUUUCAGGGUCGGAGGCGGAAUGUCUCUCGCAAUUGGAUUUGACAUUCCAAGCCAGUCGUGAUCGCAGUUAUCGUAACCGUAGCGUCGGCAACUUGUUGGCGCCCUGCAUUUUGUCGCUUGCCAAGGAAGACGAGGGUGAUGUGCGCUCCCCAACAUCGGUCGCGGGGGGCGACGUGAAGAAUCGAACGCUGUUGGCGUCGUCUACACCGUCGUGUGAACCAAACCAUUCUACCACUCCAGCUGUAGAAAGUCGUAGCUUUCCGCCUCCUACUCCAGUAUCAUUCCCACCAAGCCAAACGCAGGGAUAUUCUACUAAGGACGGCUCGCCUCAUCUAUUGUUGCCACCCCCUCAACCUUCCGUGGAUGAGGCUGAUAUCGAAAGCUGCGACGAUGUCGGCAGUGACAGCGACUCGUCGUCGGACAUUGAAGAUUGGAACACAGCGCGUCGGCAGCUCAAAGCUCGCACGAUCGAACUCGCCCCAUCUCGAUCACCCCCGCCACCACAAGAAACCUCCUCGUCACUCCAGUUAGACAAUGAGCCAGAUGACGAUACCAACGACGGCAACACCGUCGAAGAUGCGUCUGAAGCCCUGGAACGACAACUCAUGAAGAUGUGGAAGCGGGAUGUGGAGUUGCAAGAGCAAGAGCUGCUCAAGGACCAACCACUUGACGCCGUUAUAGAAAAAGCGAUACUCGUCCGUGCCGAAGUCGAGUCGUUGCUGCUCGUACAGACCACCACUCCCCCCGUCCGCGACGGCCAUUCUCCAACGGCGCGUACAGAUCUCGAUCGACGACCUUUCAGUGGCUACAACAAUCCAUACGCACUCAACGAACGCGAUGUACACGACCAACUAUCGGAAACCCAAGUCGAAGGGGUACCCCCACUUCGUUCCCCCCAGGCCUUGCUUGAUCAUGUGGGGGCACAAUCGGUUGCUGCAACUUCACGCGUUCGAACGAGCCCCCCCCCAGAUUAUUCGCAUGAUCAAGUGCCAUCAAUUAGUCGGCCUAUUCCAGUGAAUCUUCCGUCCGUGGAAGCCGAUAUAAUCAAGGGGAUGGUGGAGAAGGGGGUGAUGAACACAGUGGACGCCCUCUCCGAGCCGUUGUAUCAUCGCCAGCUGUCCCAUACAUCUUUUGUGCCGACACUACCAAGAGAAUACUGGCGUCGCUUGUUCUCAUCCAAUUGCAGCAGUGACAACGACGAACGCCCCGACGACAACGACACGUUCUUAUCCGACACGCACGUUGUCGCAGUUCACGGGGUCGACUCAACGGACGCCGUAUUUGCCACGAUCGUCCAGCUCUUUUGUCAACUCCAACACGAAACGUCCCCUUGCUGCACGCUGUUGGGGCUGCAAUACACGGUGACAUGGCCAGGAAGUGUGACGUCGUUGCAGCCGCCCCCUCAAUCGCACACCGGUGCCGUUCCGGUGCUGUACAUUGCGCUGCACUGCGCGUCGACGUACAUUGACGCGAUCCUGCUUUCCCCCAUGGCGCCGUUUAUGCCUGGGAACACCAACACCAUGGGCGAUUACGUAGUUUCCGUGCCUUCUGUGUUGGCGUCGCCCCCACCACAAUCGUCAGCAGCAGCUAUACAUCCCCCCCUUCACCCCAUCCACCUGUUUACCCGGUUUCCCACGUUUAAAGUGUUUCACCAACACCUCCCCCCCCACCCCCCCCACCACCAUUACCAUGCCGACACCACCGUGGUGGUCCUUCGGGACCCGGCAGCCCUUGUCCUUGACGUGCUCCACCGUACCCGCUCCCGCCUCGACCUCGUUGGCCUCAAACUUGUCUUCGACGCGUCGUUCGAACCGCAUGUUGUCGUGUCCCCUCAAGUCGCCACCGCAGCGUGCCACGUCAUCUUGGCCCUCCGGGGCGUUGAUGCCACCACGGUGGUCCGGGACCUUCUUCACGACCUUCCCAAAACCCAAGUGUAUCUCCCCCACGGCGCCCUCCAAGCCCACCGCGACGUCGUCCAUUGGUUUGGGGGCCGCAUCCCACUCCCUAAUGCUGACAGCAGUUCGUCGUCGGCGCAACUUCCCCGCGCUCGCCCCGUGUACGGAAUCGUCGUCAAGCCGGAUCAAGUGGUGGCAGUGGAUGUAUCCAUGACAGCGCCUGGCCACCUGGGCCGAGUGCUCACAGCUGUGGCCACAACAGGCUACGAUAUUGUGGGACUGGUUCAAGUUCACGAUGAAGAGGAGCGCCACCCCUGUUGCCGCGUUAAACUUGCACUGGUCAAGGAGAAUGGUGCCAAUGAGUUCCGUCUUGCCCACUUGCAAACGACGCUAGCCGACGUCGAUGGGGAUGUGAAGGCCACCAUGAUACCCUAUUUGCCCCACACGUUUACCUCCAAGAUUGGUAUGGGUCAGCCGUCGCAAGCUACGCUGACACCGGAGCGUCCACUUGCACCAGUAUACGUCGACUUUGAUCGAGAACAAACCCUCUUGGCUGUCCUCUUUCCUGAAGUAACUCAGCAGACCGUGGACAUCAAUGGCUCGUAUGGCAUGCCGAUAGAACGACUCUUGGCUCGGUGUUCCCGUGAUCAACUCGUUCACGUCAAGCUUUUGCAGCCGAUGGUAGUGGACGCCGUGCGUGAAGUGCUGACGUCGCUGCAGAGCAUCGUGUUUGGUGCAUCGUCGUCGGUGUCGUCAGUACCCAAGCCCACAACACACGCUGCACUGGUGGUGCUGUUUCGGCAACACGUCGAGGACGGUCACUUUCGAACGCAUUUCCGAGGCAUGGGCACCAAUGCCCCCAAUGGUCUCGUGCGACUGUACACAGACCCGACGAUCGUGAGAUCGCUACUACCGCUGCUGUUUGACCCCCACGAGAUCACAACAACACGAUACGCGUCGCCGCUCGACGCAUGUUUUCCUCCUAGUCCCCACACCGACGAUGCUGGGUUGUUUCAAUUGGUCCCGUCGGCACCGUUUGCGUCGUUAUUGAUGCUCAAGCCCGACGAUCCGCUGGGGGUAUUGCCGGUGGUGCUGCGGCGCCUUCGUCGCGAAGGGUUCGAUCUCGUGUGUAUGCACAUGACGCGGCUGCCGUCGUCGUCGUUCGUGGGGCAUCCCUACGUCUCAGCCGCCCAACGAGCUCACAUGUCGUCGCUCCCUUGUAUCGUGUGUGUCGUCCGUCGAGUCAGUUGUAUUUCCCGUCUGCAAGCGUUGGUCGGUCCGGCCGAUCCGGAUGAGGCCCGCCAACACGCGCGGUUCUCCCUUGUCGCAGGUUACGGCGUCGACCUCGUCCGGAACGGAUUUUACACCCCUCCAACGUACGAUCAAGCGCGACGGGACCUGCACUCUGUCUACGGGGUCGGCACCGACGCCGACUACGACGGCCUCAGUCGAUGGUCUCCCUCCGCUGCCGUGGUCGUCGGGGCCCCGUUCUCGCGCAGUACCUCUCCUCAGCCACAUCCGGUUGAGUACGUGACGACGCCGCGGACGCUUGUCGAAACGACGUUACUGGUCGCGGGGGGGUCAGCGGUGCCGGAAGCCAGCGCGAUGGUGGCCAGCCUUACGUCGGACGGAGGAUUUCUCGUCGUGAAUUUGUUUCAAGGCGGGUUGACACUACACCAGAAGUUGCACUGCGCCAGUCACUUUGCGCCAGACGUGCUGGAGGGGCCGUGGCUUGUGCUGGCUUUGGAGCGAGACAAUGCAGUAUCCCGACUCGUAAGCUACCUCACGACGUCCCCCUUGUUCGCCGACGCCCCAGAGAAACGGCAGUUGUGUCGGUGUUCGACGUCGGCAAAGGAAGCAAGAGAAGAUCUGUCGUUGUUCUUUGACGAGUUGCAUGGCAGUGUACACAGCUUGCAAGCGGUGCCACGUGGUGAAGGGCGCGUGAUUUCCCCAAUUAGUGAUUAACCAAGCUUGAUACUGUAAUGUGUGCAAGCUAUUUGUCUGAAAAGUGGUAUUAACCGUACGCAAG